AUGCGGCGGGUGGUAAGUGGCUUCACCGCUAGCGGAGGUUCCAGCCUGAAAUCCACAAAGCUGCUUGAGGUUCUGAGCGCUCUGGAGGAUGGGUCCAGCUAUCAGAGAAAGGAAAUCUUCAUCGCCCCACCCGACAGUGCCGUGGGGGACUUCACUGACGAAGACUCGGGGGAUGAGGAUGGCUGGCCAGGUGCCCAACUGCCUGGCCAUGUGCUGCAUGCCUCUGUUUUGCCCGAGGAUGAUGGCAGCUGGGAUGAGGAGGACCCACAGCUGCUGCUGCCCUUGAAGAGGCAGAGGGCAGCUGGGCCGCAGCGGGUCUGGACCAAGAGGGACAUCCGGCCGGACUUCAGCAGUUGGCCAGCGUCGGACCCACAUAUGGAGCACCUCAGGAGCCAGGAGCUGAGUCCUGUAGGCCUCUUCGAGUUGUUUUUUGAUGAAGGAACGAUUAAUUUUAUUGUUAAUGAAACCAAUCGUUAUGCUUGGCAGAAAAAUGUCCAUCUGGGUCUCACAGCCCAGGAACUGAAGUGUGUUUUGGGCAUUCUGAUUCUGAGCGGGUACAUAUCCUAUCCCAGGAGAAGGAUGUUUUGGGAAACUUCUCCUGAUUCGCAUCACCAUCUUGUGGCAGAUGCCAUCAGGAGGGACAGGUUUGAGCUGAUCUUCUCAUACUUGCAUUUUGCGGAUAACAGUGAGCUGGACCACAGCGACAGGUUCACCAAGGUAAGGCCUCUCCUUGUGCGUAUGAACCGCAGUUUCCAGCAGCACGCACCCUUGGAUGAGUUCUACAGCUUUGGCGAGUCGUCGUGUGAGUACUUUGGGCAGAGUGGGUCUCGGCGGCCCUCCGGGCGGUCGGGGCGGCUAGGCUGCCGGGUCUGGUGUGGCACCACCAGCAGUGGCUACCUGGUGUGGUUCGAGCCCUCACAGGGCACGCUGUUCACCAGGCCGGGAGGUGGCCUGGACCUGGGCACCAGCAUGGUGUUGAGGUUCACAGACGCGCUGCAGGAGCGCGGCCGGCUGCCCUACCACAUCUUUAUCGACGAGGUGUUCACAAGUGUCAAACUGAUGUCCAUUUUGAGGAGAAGGGGGGUUAAGGCCACAGGAACUGUGCGUGAGUAUAGGACAGAGUGCUGCCCCCUUAAAGAUCCCAAAGAACUGAAGAAAAUGAAGAGGGGUUCGUUCGAUUACAAAGUGGAUGAGUGUGAGGAGGUAAUCGUGUGCCGAUGGCGUGACAGCAGUGUGGUCACCAUCUGCUCCAACGCCGCCGGCAUAGAGCCGGUGAGGUUGAGCAGUCGUCCGGCAGGCGCGGCAGGGGCGCGAGGCCAGGUCCGCCUGCCGUGCCUGUUGCAGCUGUACCAGGAGAAGGCGGGGGGCGUGGGCCGCAUGGACCAGAACAUGGCCAGGUACAGGGUGCGGGUCCGGGGCACCAAGUGGUACUCCAGCUUCAUGGGCUAUGUCCUGGACGCCGCCCUCAACAAUGCAUGGCAGCUGCACCGGAUCUGCUGCGGCGAUGCGCAGGUGGACCUCUUGGCCUUCCGCAGGUAUGUGGCCUGCGUGUACCUGGAGAGCAAUGCCGACACGUCAUCUCAGGGAAGGCGUGGCCGGCGGCUGGAAACCGAGAGCCGCUUCGACAUGAUCGGGCACUGGAUUGUGCACCAGGACAAGAGGACCCGCUGCGCCCUCUGCCACUCGCAGACCAACACCCGCUGCGAGAAGUGCCAGAAGGGCGUGCAUGCCAAGUGUUUCCGGGAGUACCACGUCCGGUGA